AUGCUCUCCUCCGUCCCGUUGGCUCGCCUAAUCGAGGCCACCCCGGCCAACAAAGCCCUCUGCGGCGCGUUCUUGCCUACCAACAACAAUCCCUCAUUCAGCAGCUUCCAGGACGUCUACACCGUUUCCAUCGUCGACACCGAUGGCACAUCCCCAAUCGCCUUUGGCGCCAUCAACAUGUACUCCCAAAAGCAGGCCUAUUGUAUGGUUGGGGAGGUUAGCGACAAAUACCACAACUCGACCAUCUGGUUGGAGGACAAGACUGUCGAGAAGAGCCAUGUCGUGCUCAAGAUCUCAAAAUCCGAAACCGGCAAGCCUGACCACUCCGGCCUCGGCAUGUUCCGCGCCGUGUUCGGAGACCACGAAGAGAGGCCGAUCGAGGAGUACCUGAUGCAAUGGAUGGUCAACAAGACCGUCGGAAAUGAUUGUCUCGAUUUGAACAAGAACGUCACCCUUGAUGUUGUUGGAAAGAGGAACUUGAAUGGAUGGCGCGACAACGCCGGAUUUGUCGUCACUGACAACCAGCAUUUCGUCGAGAUGACCUGCAAGAAAUCCGACCUCGUCUCCCUCGACACGACUUCUUUUGCCAAGAUUGUCCCCUUGACCGCCGAGAACAAGGAGAUCCUGAUCGAGUACGACGCCACUUGCACGAUGCUGGACCGAUCUGACUACAUUGAUGCUCUAUUAAAGACAUCCGACAUCCGGGGAGCCCUCGCCAUCGAUGAGCACAACACCCCCUACGGAUACGUACUGACGCUUGGAUCCCGAAUUCUGAGCUGCUAUGCCGAGAAGGAGGAGAUCUCGCGGCAACUUUUGAGCUUCGCUGCCAGUCAAAUCACCGCACCGGAAGUGUCCCUCUACACUUGCGAGGAGGCAUUCGGAUUUAUGGAUGAGCUUGUCAAGAAUGCCCUUAAAGUGACACCGGUCACCCGCCUCCACACCCGAACCCUCAUCAAGCAAGUGAAGUGGAACAAGGUCUUCUGUCACAACAUCGGGCUCCACCUUUUC